AUGGACUCCGAGUCUCUGCCCCCGCGGGCCCAGACGGUGGAAGAAAUCCUAGCCUCAGACACCCGCUCCGCCCUCUCCUCCCUCACCCCAUCUCUCAUCCGCCUCUACAGCAUCCUCGCACCAGCCUGCCUCGUAGUCUGCGCAACAAAACGGCUACGACGGCUCCCGCCGCGUACCCCCUUUUCCGCCUUCGUCUCGGACCGCUUCGGGCGGAAAUGGUCCAUCCUCAUCGGCGGCCGCAUCGUCGUCGGCUUCGGCAUCACCAUGGCUCACGCCGCGGCGCCGGUACUGAUCUCGGAGCUCGCACAUCCAAGGCACCGCGUGUUAUUCGGCUCGCUGUAUAAUACCAGCUUCUACCUCGGCGCUCUUACGGCCGGAUGGGUCACGUUUGGGAGCUAUCGUAUCGCCGGGUCGUGGGCGUGGCGGCUUCCUACAAUGUUGCAGGCGCUCCCGGCGGUGACUCAGAUGAUUUUCGUGUGGUUCCUGGAUGAGUCGCCUCGGUGGCUUUGUUACAAGGACCGGGACGACGAAGCGUUCAGCAUCCUCGUGAAGCAUCACGGGGGAGGGGACCCAACCAAUCCUCUGGUCGUCGCAGAGUUCCACGAGAUGAAGGUGGCCUUGCAGCUCAAGAAGCAGGUCAAGGAUCCAACAGGAAGAAAGAGACUCUUGAUUCUUGUCACUCUCGCCGUGUUUGGCCAAUGGAGUGGGAACGGUCUGGUAUCGUAUUACUACUUGACAAAGAUUUUCACGAGCAUCGGUAUCACCAGCCAGCGCAAGCAGACUAUGCUCAACGGAGUCAUCAGCACCGUGAACUACGCCACGGCUCUGUUCGCGGCUGCUCUGUCGACCAGAAAUGGCCGCCGGUGGAUGUUUGUCGGAGGCGGCAUCGCCAUGUGGCUCACCUUUUCGUCGCUCACGGCCAGUAUUGCAGUCUACAACACAAAGGGGACCACGGCCGCUAGUCAGGCUGCGCUUGCUUUCAUCUUCAUCUUCUACGCCGCCUUCAAUAUCUGCCUGAACCCACUCCUCUUCCUCUUCCUCCACCCCACGGAGAUUCUUCCGUUCAGGCUCCGAGCUAUGGAUCUUAGUAUUCUCGUCUUUGCCAACAAGGCCCCGUCGUUCUUUAACCAGUUUGUCAACCCUAUCGGUAUGGACUCUCUGGGAUGGAAGUAUUAUCUGGUGUACGUGGUGUGGCUUGUAGUUGAAGUUGCCGUCUUUUACUUCUUGUACCCCGAGACCCGGGGUCACAGCCUGGAACGCAUGCAGGAGGUGUUUGGGGAAGAGGUCAAGGACGAUGGUCUUGAUGAGAAGGGUUCGGUUAUGAAGGAUAUGAGGGUUAUAGAACACAAGGAAUGA